AUAGAAAGGAAAGCGGUAGAAAAAGUGAAGAAGAGCUGCUACCAUUGAACUUUGAAGUUGAAAUCUUUUUGUAAUUUGAAAGCCAUGCAGCGGCAACUGAUGAAGUGUCUGUCUGUUUCUUCUUUGCCAGCCGCCACCACCACCACCCUUCAAGAACUCGCGUUUGCUCACCCCAAAGGUAUUGCAAAGGUUGUACUGAAAAAGGGGAAGACACAACUCUUCAAGGAUGGAAGCCCCAUGGUAUACAGUGGAGCAGUUGAUAGAAUAAUUGGUAGACCACCACCUAAUACUGGAGAUAUUGUGCUGGUAGCUGAUGGGAAAGAAAAGCCAAUAGGAUGGGGCAUGUAUAAUUCUGCAUCUAUGUUCUGUGUCCGAUUGAUGCAGCUUGAGGAAGAAGUGACAAGAGAUUCUUCCUGUGCGUUGGACAUGCAGAAACUGCUUGAAACGAGAAUUGAUGCAGCUAUAGAAUUACGUAAAAGUUUGGGGCUUCCCUCAGCUAAUACAAAUACUUUUCGACUUGUCAAUAGUGAAGGAGACAGAUUGUCAGGACUAAUUGUUGACAUCUUUGGAGAUAUAGCUGUAGUAGCAUCAUCUGCUGCUUGGGUUGAGAAGUACAAACCAGAAAUAGAGGCUUGCAUAACAAGAAAGGGUGAAAUUAAUCAUAUAAACUGGAGACCAUCUGUUGAAAUUUUGAAAGAAGAAGGAUUGGAUGUGUCAAAUCUGAAGGAAAUGCAUUCAUCCACCUGUCCUGAAAGAACAAAGGUCAUGGAAAAUGGGAUUUCUUAUGCAAUUUCACUUGAGGGUCAGAAGACAGGAUUUUAUGCUGAUCAGCGUGACAACCGUCUAUUUAUAUCAAAAAUUUCAGACGGUCAGAGAGUUCUUGAUAUAUGCUGCUACAGUGGUGGUUUUGCUCUAAAUGCAGCACGAGGGGGUGCCAUAGAUGUUACUGGUGUUGAUACAUCCUUGCCGGCUUUAGAGUUAGCUAAAGAAAACAUUGUGCUUAACAACAUGGAUCCAGAAAGAAUAUCAUUUUUACAAGAAGAUGCAAGUGCGUUUAUGAAGAGUGCCCUUUCUAGAAAUGAAUCAUGGGAUAUUGUCAUUUUAGAUCCUCCUAAACUAGCUCCACGAAGAAAGGUACUACAAAGUGCAUCAGGAAUGUAUAGAACGUUAAAUUCAAUGGCAAUGCGAUUGACAAAGAGGGGUGGUCUUUUCAUGACUUGUUCAUGUUCUGGAGCUAUAACCCAAAGUGGGAUGUUCUUGCGCAUUCUUCAGGGUGCUGCAACAAUGGCUGGGAGAAAAGUAACAAUUCUAAGACAGGCUGGAGCAGCUUGUGAUCAUCCUAUAGACCCAUCAUACCCCGAAGGCGCUUACCUUUCUAACAUCCUACUGAGAGUGCUUUAAAAAUCACUCGGAAUGGAAAAGACAUGCAGAUAUGCUGCCUAAUUUAUUUUUUCAUUAAUGGGUGUAAAAGAAAUGCAAUGAAUGAAUGGAAUAAAACAAAAUGUAUUAAAUACUGUUUCCUGGAAUUAUACAUGUAAGUUUAUGAUGUCGUACUUGAAAAUAAAAAUAAAAAGAAAUCCAAGACACUGCUUGUCAAACUUCUA